UGAGCCUGGCCCCCGCAGCCCCGAGCGCCGGCGUGAGGGCCCGCCCCGGAAGUGACGCGCUGCCCCGUUGGCGGUGCGGAAGUGGAGAUGGCGGAGCUGUACGUGAAGCCGGGCAACAAGGAGCGCGGCUGGAACGACCCGCCGCAGUUCUCGUACGGGCUGCAGACCCAGGCGGGGGGCCCCAAGCGCACGCCGCUCACCAAGAGGGUCGCCGCCCCGCAGGAUGGACUCCCCCGAGUCCCUACCUCAGAGAUGUCUCCUGGGCCCCCUCCGAUAGGGCCUCCUCCUCCUUCAAAUAAGGCUCCCAUACCUCCCCCAGUGGGGAGCUGUCCUGCCUCCAGUGUGGAGCCCCCAAGCUUCCCAGUCGUCGAGUCUGAGGCUCUGAUGGAGGAUGUGCUGAGACCUCUGGAACAGGCAUUGGAAGACUGCCGUGGCCACACAAAGAAGCAGGUAUGUGAUGACAUCAGCCGGCGCCUGGCACUGCUUCAGGAACAGUGGGCCGGAGGGAAGCUGUCAGUGCCUGUGAAGAAGAGGAUGGCACUACUCGUGCAAGAACUUUCAAGCCACCAGUGGGAUGCAGCGGAUGACAUCCAUCGUUCACUCAUGGUUGAUCAUGUGACCGAGGUCAGUCAAUGGAUGGUGGGAGUGAAAAGAUUAAUAGCAGAAAAGAGGAGUCUGUCUUCAGAGCAGGAGGACAAAGAAGAGAAAUCUCCAGUCACAGCUGAAGAGAACCAGACCAUACCAGGCUUCCAACAGGCUCCAUAAUCCUGGGGGCUUUUCAGACUCACCUUGUGCCAUCUCCUAUGCCUUUGUGUGGGAGGCUUUUUCUCCCUUGACACCUCCUUACCAUGGAUUUCAGGGAUGUCACCUGUUACUCCUCACAUGCAUUUCAAUAAAAACCUAUCAACGGUGGGCACUGGAUAGGAAGGAUGGCCCUUCCUGUGCCGUCCCCUCUGGUGUCA